AUGUCUGUCGAAGCCCCCAAACCUGUCGAGGAGACUCCUGUGGCGGAGACCUCCAAGGCGGUUCCCGAACCUACUGAAGCCUCAACCACUCCCGCAGAGACGUCAGUUGCUCCGGUUGAGACGACAUCGUCUGCUCCCGCAGCAGCUGUCGCAAGUGAAGAGCCUGCGGCCCCGGCUGCCGAAGAGGUCAAGAAAGAGGAAACACCUGCCGCGACUGUCCCUGCGACAGAAGGUGUCUUGGGAUACAAGGAGCCAACCUUGUUCAAGAAAUUCUUCUUCACCAAGCACUACUUCUGGUUCUCGGAAGAGCCAUCUUCAACCGAAUCUUUGGCCACUUUCUUGCGCUCAGAGAAGGCUGACGCGAAACACUCGACCGCCGCAUGGGCUCGUGAGACCGGCAAGGGCUUGUUGUUCUUCGCCAAGCGCGUCGAGGACAAGCCAACUCCGGUCGGUAUCAUCAACCUGGCCGAUGCUUCCAGUGUCGCAAAGGAAGGUUACAACCAGUUCUCCUUCAAGGCUGGCAGCCAUCAACACCGUUUUGAGGCCAACACCCCCAAAGAGCGCGACAGCUGGGUUCUCGCGGUCGAGAAGGCCGUCGAAGAAGCCAAAGGUCUAAAGGAGGAAAUUAUUGGACGUGAGAGCUACAAGAAGAACGUCGAGGAUUAUUCCAAACCUGCCGUUAUUGCUCCGGUCACCUCGGUCAAGACUGCCCGCUCAAAGUCCAAGGAACCCAAGAAGUCCCUUGAUGCAGCCACUGCCACUGCCACCGCUGCAGUCACCGCCCCUGUCGCCGCCGAUAACGCCAGCAUAUCUUCCAGCAGCUCCGAUGAAGCCGUCAAGACCAAGAAGGAGCGAUCUCAAUCCCGCAAGCGUGGCAGCAUCUUCGGAACCCUUCUCGGCAAGAAAGAUGAGCUCGUCGAGAAGAAGGAAGAGAAAGCUGAGGCCAAGAAAGAAGUAAAGGAGGAGAAGAAGGCUGAAGCUGAAGAGAAGAAAGAAGAAGCCAAGGCAAGCGAGGAGCCGACCAUCAGCAAGGCUGUCGAGGCUGCUGAAGCUUCGGCCGCCGUUGCCGCGAAUGCCCCAGUUGCUGCUGUUGCAACCGACAAGAAGGAGGAUAAAGAAGAAGCAGCCGCGACUGACAAGAAGGCUAAGCGCGCCUCUGUCUUUGGAAACUUUUUCAAGCACCGUGUGACCAGCCCGGCCACCGAGAAGACGGAAUCUGAAGCGACUGCACCGUCGGAUGUUCCUCCUGUCUCCGAGACCGCUCCAAAGAUUGAAGAGCCAAUCGAUACAAAGCCUAUCGACACUGCGGAUGUCACUGCUCCAGUUGAUGCCGAUACUGCCGCCUCUGCAGCCCCAGUUGAAGAGCCUGCUACGGAGGCCACUCCUGCUCCGGCCGAGACAGCCCCGGCUCCCAAGACGGAGAAGAAGGGUGGCUUUUUGGGUUUCAUCAAGAAGACUGAGGCCAAGCUUGAAGGCAAGAAGGAACAGAAAGAGGAGACCAAGGAGGAGGCCGCCGCCGAUGCGAUCGCCAAAGACCCCGUUGCCGCUGCCAGCGCCGAUCCAAACGAGUCGGCCAUCGUCGACACCCCGGCUGAGACCAAGGAAGAGCGUCCUGCCCGCGACAACAAGCGCCGAACUUCGCUGUUUUUCAACAAGAAGAAAACCGAGACCAGCGAUGCCGAAGACGCGACUGCCGAGCCCAAGCGGGAGAAAUCGCCCAUGCCAGGCAAGUUGAUUGGCAACCUUGUUCGCCGUGCUAGUAAAGCGGUGAAGUAUGAAGGGCCCAAGGAGAAGGCGACUGCCACCGCACCCACCACUGAGACAGCUGCUACUACUGCACCCACGGCUCAUCAAGCAACCACCAUCCCUGAGACCUCUGCAGAGACGUCUGAGCCGAAGACCACCAGCGAUAUUGUCCCAGAAGACGUGGUGGCCGAGCCCGCACCCGCCGCCACCAUUUCUACGGCUCCAGAGGUCAAGGCGGCAGCUUGA